AUGUCAACAACAACAGUACCCCUCUCGUCCCCCUCCAACACCACCGCAACCGCACCCAAACCCCCAUCCCCGCGCUUCACCCUCGAACUCGAGUUCGUUCUCUCCCUCUCCAACCCCUACUACCUUUCGCACCUGGCCCUCACCUACCCACACCUCCUCAACCCACCUAAAGACUCGAAACCCUCCGCCAAACCAUCCAACUCCACCUCACGACCAGAACCAGAACCCGAACCCGAAUCCGACGCCACAAAAUUCGCAUCCUACCUCUCCUACCUCUACAGCUACUGGCGGAAACCCGAGUACGCGCGCUUCCUCACCCAUCCCGGCGCCACACUACGGAAUCUAGAGUUGCUGCAGCAGGAGCAGUUUCGGCGGGACAUGAUCCGGCCGGAUGUGAUCGAGAAGUUGUUAGUCGUUGGUAGUGGUGGUGGUGGGACGAGUAGUACUGCUGUUGAGACGGAACAGGAUGGAGUGGGUGUGAAGAUGGGUCAGCCAGGCCAGGGAGAUUUAUUGCCCAAGGAGGAGUCCGAGGUGAAGGAGGAGAAGGGUUGA